ACCGUUCCCUCCGCUUAGUCUAAUCGCUUAAACGAGCAGCGCCUUCAAAAUCUCUUCUACGAACGUGUCUCGUAGAACGUCCCGGUAGAUUCCUGGAUGAGUCUUCCGCCGAAGUUUCGCUCCACGUCGCUCGCCUGUAAAAUAUCGCUCUCCUGUCAUCAGGUACGGCUGCAGGAGCAAUUAACCACAUGUGAAGUGCGAUCGGUGCUCUUCGCUGGCAGAUUUCAAUACACGAUGUUGAAUACGCUGAAUGAAAUCAGCGAUGCGUGAUUCACGAUCUGCUCGCACCGCCGGGUCCUGAUUAUUGACCUUCGCCGCGUAUUUGCCGAUGAGACGGGAACGACCUUGUUCCUCCACCUCCACUCUGGUUAUUCCCACCUGGGAAAUACCAGCCAGCACGUGCUGCGGUUAGUCGCACGCGCACACGUUAUAAUUGUCGGAAACAAUUUCGUUCUCUUCUUUUUGUUCGCGCCAGAAAUUUUACGCGCGUUAGCCAGCGCGCAUAACACCGGCCGACACGGUGUGUCGUUACCGAGAAGCGCGUUUUUAACGCGUCGUGAAAGGUCACCCGCCAUUAUAUUCCCAUCCGGCAGGAUGCGCGCGAGCUAAUAUGCUCCUGCUAAAGUUACGAGCGAUGGAAACGGUCUAUCGCUCCGCGGCGCAUCGAUGCGUAUUUAUGAAUGCACAUGGAUGUAUAUAUGUACAAUAUAUAUAUAUAUAUAUAUAUAUAUACACGUGCGUAAAACCCGCACGCGCUCCGUGAAUUCGGUCCACUUGAGUAUCGGUGGCGUCUCCUUUACAACCGGCACGUUCCUCCUCGUCGGAUUCUCACUCCGGAGCUCGAAAAUCGUCGAGAUGGCCAACAGAGUCCUGCUGUAUUUGCUGCCGCUGUGCCACCUGCUGCAGCGAAGUCUCGCCUUCCCGCAAACGGACGGUAUCGUUUUUGGUUCUUCAACUUCUGCUACCACUACCACUACCACCACCACAAUGGCAACAACUACUUCCGCGAACCGCCAAUGCCUAUGUGUGCCUGGAACUACCUGUCCGUCCAGUCCUGGCGAUAUUGACAUUAGAAUCGUCAAUACGGGAAAUACUUGUUCCCCCGGAUACGUGUUUUGCUGUGCGCCCGACGAUAACAGUUCUUGUGGUACCCGAAAAAUCCCACCCUCGGCACAUCCGGUAGGGCAAGCUGCGUACGGUGCGUACCCGUGGCAAGUGGCCAUUUUAGCCAACGACAAUACUUACAUCGGAGGUGGAGUGCUGAUCAGUCCAACGCACGUCCUUACCGUCGCUCACAAAGUAGCGAAUUACGUGAACGGCGGGAUCAAAGCAAGGCUGGGCGAGUGGGACGCUCAAUCCACCUCCGAGCCCGACCCGUACGUAGAUAUCUCUGUGUCGAGGGUCGUCCUGCAUCCUGAAUACAACUCGCAAAACCUGCAGAACGACAUAGCGGUGCUUACGUUGAGCUCGGCCGCCCCAAUUGCGACCAGUCCCAACAUUAACACCGCGUGUCUACCGUCCGCCGCACCUGCCGCAGGAACGAGAUGUUGGGUAUCGGGCUGGGGGAAGGACGCCUUUGGACCUAAUGGAAGGUACCAGAGCAUUCUGAAGGAAGUGGACGUACCUGUGAGAAGUCAGGCGGAUUGCCAAACGGCUCUUCGGUCGACGAGGCUCGGCCAGUUCUUCAUUCUGGACAAUAGCUUCAUAUGUGCCGGAGGGGAAUCAGGCAAAGACGCGUGCACUGGCGACGGAGGCUCACCGCUGGUAUGUUCGACAAAUAACGGACCGUUCCAGAUCGUUGGACUGGUGACAUGGGGCAUUGGCUGCGCGGGCGCAGGAGUACCCGGUGUGUACACCAACGUGUUCAACUUCCUCUCUUGGGUCAUGCAACAAAUGACGUAGCCUGCGAAAUCAAGACUCGAC